AUGACGACCUCAGAAUCCCUCUUCGAUAACAACAUCAACUCGGAGCAACCCGCAGUCAGCAAGACGCCCUCCCACCACCUCGAGGAGAGCGAGGCUGAGACCGACGACAACUACGACCUCGACCUGGGCAAGACCUUGAUCACGUACAGAAUCCUUGUGUCAAGAAGAGAGGCCGGUGCCAUCAUCGGCAAGGAAGGUGUCAACAUCUCCAAGAUCAGAGACGAGUUCGACGUCAAGGCAGGCGUCUCGAAGGUCAUGGACGGCUGCAUCGACCGGAUUUUGACCGUCACCGGCAUGGUCGACAACAUCCCGAGCGCCUUGGUGGACAUUGCGCAAUCGGUCACCGACGCCAACAUCCAGACAAUCAAGGAAGCGGACGAAAACAGCUCGAACCCCCUAAGAUUGAUUUCCUACGAAUACCCGCCUUUGCGCCCAUUGACCCAGAGACCUAACUACAGAAGCCCGGAAUACGAAACCAACCUAUUUUUGAGAUUGUUGAUUCCAAACUCCCAGGUCGGCACUUUGAUCGGCAAGGGCGGUUUGAGAAUCAAGUCCAUCCAAGAGGAUAACGACAUCAAGAUGGUUGCAUCCAAGGACUUUUUGGAGCACUCAACCGAGAGAUUGGUUGAGUUGCAAGGUAGUGAAGAAAAUUUGAAAGAUGCGCUUUUGUCCAUCUCCAAGUAUCUCUUGAGAGACUAUCAAGGCACUGCGCCAACGACUUUCUACGUUCCAUGUGCACCAUUAGAAAACAACAGCGCUGCCUCUGGUGACAUCAGAACCGGCGGCAAAGAGAUCAUCAAGAAGAUCAGCUUUCCUAACGAGUACAUUGGUGCAUUGAUCGGUAAACGUGGAUCUAGAAUUCAAGAAAUCAGACUAUUAUCACAAUGUGCGGUUGCUAUUGAGAACGAGAACACCGAAGACGACGAGAGAGAAAUCACCUUGGUUGGUACCAAGGCCUCUGUCGACAAGGCCAUUGAUCUUUUGAAUAUGUAUUAUGAAAGAGAACAAAAGAGAAGAAUGAGCGAGUGA